CCUGGCGGAGCGGCGGCCGCGCGGGGCGGCGGUGGCGGCGGAGCGAUGGCGUGUGGGGGCUUCGCCUGCUCCAAGAACUGCCUGUGCAUCCUCAACCUGCUCUACACGCUGGUGAGCCUGCUGCUGAUUGGAAUUGCAGCAUGGGGAAUUGGCUUUGGCCUCAUCUCUAGUUUCAGAGUCGUUGGAGUGGUAAUCGCAGUAGGAGUCUUCCUCUUCUUUAUUGCCUUAGUUGGAUUGAUCGGUGCAGUGAAACAUCAUCAAGUAUUGCUAUUCUUUUACAUGAUUAUUCUUCUGCUAGUCUUUAUUGUCCAGUUUUCUGUCUCCUGUGCCUGUUUGGCACUAAAUGAGGAACAGCAGAGUGAACUUCUAGAGGUGGGAUGGAGUAACACCAACAGCGCAAGAACAGAUAUCGAGAGAAAUCUGAAUUGUUGUGGAUUCAGAGUUUUUUAUCCCAAUGAAACCUGCGCCGCUGAUUGUCUUAGAAAUCUCCACUGUAGACCAUGUGCACCAAUAAUGGAAGAAUAUGCUGGAAUGGUGCUGAGAUAUGUUGGUGGAAUAGGACUCUUCUUCAGCUUCACAGAGAUUCUGGGAGUUUGGCUGACUUACAGAUACAGGAACCAAAAGGAUCCCCGUGCAAACCCUAGUGCAUUUAUUUGAUGAGUUUAUAAAGGACUAAAUCUUCUCUCUGCACCAUCUACUUAAAAAUACUGAUUCUCCAUAGUUUGGUAUUUCUCCAUAAUAGGUAUUCUACAUGUACUCAAAAUAAAACACAAGUCCUGUAAGAAAUGUGUAGUUUUCAUAUUUAAUUUCUACUAUUUUUCUUCCAAGAAUCUCUAUCUUAAAGUAGAUGGGUGCAUUCAGUAGCUGGGCAGAGUUGAACUGCUGAUUAAGACUUUGUUAAUUGUUAUGGUAAACUCUGUACAAUGAGUUUUAUAGCACUACUGGGUUAUCUGCUGUAAAAAACCCCCUAGAGGUAUUUUCUGCUGUAUUCAUUGAUUACAGAAAUUCACAUGACUUCUCAUUAAAAUGAUCAAAAUUUA